AUGGCAGAACCAGAGCAGAUCCGCUCCUUUGGGCACGACCCCACCGUCCACGCCAAAGCAGAAGUCCAUGUUGAAGAAGUCGUCGUCCAGCGCAUCACUGAAGAGAAUCUUCAGAAGGAAUCCGCCAAAGCCCUGAAGUUCUGGUCCCAAACUGGCCUGCGAAUCAUGCUCAUCAUGUUCAUCCAGCUGUGCAAUCAGAGCGGUUACGGUGUUGAUUGGGCUGUCAUUGGUGGCUUGAAUGCAUUCGACUCGUGGCACAGCUACUUUGGCUUUGGCACUGCAGGUUCCACUUUCGCAACACUCAAUGCGCUGAUGCGUAUUGGUACAAUAGUGGGCAGUCCGUUCCUGGCAGUCAGCGAUGUUAUCGGACGACGAGGCACCAUGUUCAUAGGCAACGUGUUGACUAUUGUGGCUGCAUUGUUACAGGGUUUAGCCACGGGCAUGCCAAUGUUUAUGGCUGGACGGUUCAUCCUGGGCUUCGGAUCAACUCUGGUGGCUAGCUGCAGUCCGCAGUACAUGGCUGAGAUCGCACCUGUCCACCUUCGAGGACGUCUGGUCGGUGUUAUGGGAGCAACUUUCCACAUCGGCUCGAUCAUCAUGGACGCCGCGCUCAUCGGCUUCAGCCAAAUGCCGGGCAACAAAGCAUGGCGAAUUCCGCUCUUGCUUGAAGCAAUCUUUCCUGCCAUCGUUGUUGUCCUUAUGUACUUCACCAUUCCAGAAUCACCCCGUUAUCUCGUCAAAAUAGGCCGCAUCCAAGAAGCCAAAGAAGUCAUCGCGAAGUAUCAAACAACGUCUCAGUCAAUAGAGGAGCCUAUCGUCGGCAUGGUCGUUUCUCAAAUCGAGGAGUCAUUGGAAAGCACGCGCACAGGCUUCAAGCAAAGCUGGAACUUCGCCGUGUUCUUCACCAAAGUCGUGCGGUACAGACUUCUCGUUCUCAUCUUGUACAGUGCUUUCCAGUCCUGGAAUGGCGGCGGCAUUGUGUCGUACUACCUCACGCCCGCUCUCGAGACCAUCGGUAUCCACGACGAGAUUCCCCAGCUCGGCAUUAAUCUAGGCCUCGUAAUCACUUACACUGUUUUCACGCUACUCGGUGCCUGGAUCAUCGACUUCUGGAAGCGCCGCACGCUCAUUUUCUCCGGCCUCAUAACCAUCAUCGCUAUGCAGACCUGCGCGAUCAUCACAUCGUGGCGCUACAACGUUUCUCCGUCAAAAGCCACUGCCAGUCUUACUAUCCUAUGGAUGUUCAUGUUCCAGUGUUUCAGCGCGACGUUCAUCGCUACGAUGCAUAAUCUAUAUCCAGUCGAAGUACUGUCGCUCAACCUACGCUCCAAGGGCAUGGGUCUCUAUGGCUUGAUCCAGGGAGCAUGUGGUGUUGUAGAAGCAUACGGCAUCAGUAUCGGCAUCGAAAAAGUUGGGUACAAGAUCUGGGUCGUGUACAUUGCGUACAACACCAUCCAACUUGGACUGUCUUACUUUAUCUUCCCCGAGACGGCGAAUCUCAGCUUGGAGGAAAUCGAUAGCGUAUUCGAAACGCCAGGCAUUCAGCCUGUUAAGAUGAGUUUGCUCAUCCAGAAGGGGAAAGAAGAGCAGGCGAAGAUGGACCGCGAGGCGCGAGAACAAAAUGAACAUGGUGUUGUGGAAGAGGUCCCUCGUACGUAG